AUGCUCGGCCACUCGAGUUUGAUCUCCCUCGCGCAAGUAGACGAGUGUCUCGCGCGCGGAUGGAUCGUGGUCGCCCCGAACCAUCGGCUCUGUCCGCAGGUGAGUAUCGCGGAGGGGCCGGUUCGGGAUUGUAGGGAUUUGUUGGAGUGGGUUUAUUCGGAUGGAAUUAGGGGAGGGGGGUUGGAUGGCUUUCUUGCUGAGGUAUCAUCACCAUCUGAUACUGGGCAUGUGGCUGGGGGUGGGCAAGGGGCAGGAGAAGAGCAGUGUAAGAGAGUCUGGCAAGUCGACAAGGAGAAGGUCAUGGCGAUGGGGACGUCAAGUGGUGGGUUUUUGGCAUUGGCGUUGGGAUAUGACACCCCCCGUCCACCCGCCGCCAUCCUCAAUUUCUACGGCGCCGUCCACUUCACCCAUCCCUUCUGGAGCCAGCCACUGCCUCACGUCCAGAAGAACCUACCACCAUUAGACCCAGAUUUUAUUCGCCAGGUAUAUGACGAAGUGCCGGUCCCUAUUCGCAGUGGGAUUUCAUUAGAAGGACAGUCCCAGAACCAGUCCCAAGGGCAGAGACAGAAUUCAGGUCCGAAUCUCAACUCCCCUCGCGAUCUAUUCGCACUUACGCAAAUCGCCAACGGCACCGUCAUUUCUACAUGUCUUCCCUCCUCCACCACUUCCUCUACCUCGACCGCUUCCUCCCCAUCGGCUUCAGAAGAGAAAAUCCGCAAAAUCGACCCCAUCCACCGCAUCCACCCCACCUACCCACCUACCUGUAUAAUCCACGGCACAGCAGACCGAAUGGUACCUAAUUUCCUCAGCCGAGAACUACUAUCCCGAUUACAGGAACACGGAGUCAGAUGCGAGAUGGUGGAUGUCGAGGGGGAGGACCAUACGUUUGCGAUGGGGAUGGUAGUGGGUGGGAGGACGUGGGAGGUGCAGAGGAGGGGGUUUGACUUUUUGGAGGAGGUUAUCUCUACUAGAUAG